GUCAAUCAAGGGGCUACAACUCAGCCAGAAGAGCUUCCUGAGGAACCUUCUCCAAGCCAGCAGGAGAGCUCAGUUCCUCCUGUAAUGCCCCCUGCGAAUGCUGAACUUUCACCAAUUCAGCCACAACUCCCAACUCCGUCUCCAGAAUCCUCUGAGGCUAGUGAUCUUCCUCCAUUGGCAGAUAACACAUCACUUUCACCUCACAAUCUAGAAAUGAUAUUUAGAAAUCAGCAUGCAAAUUUGCAAGAAACCACAGUUACACAUGGGGAUGUGGAGAUUACCAUGACUCCAGAGACCACUGUGGAGUUUGAACCCAUUCCUGGCCAGCAGGACACUCAAAACCCUACAGAUGCCCCUGAGCAACUUGGAUUUUCUCCAACCCGGUCUCAUCCCCCUUCCCAGACUCCACAAUUCCCUGAAAAUGUUGAGUCUUCUCCAGGCCAGCCACAGCCCACAGCUCAGCCUCCAGUGCAUUAUGAGAUGGCAGUUCCAACAAUAGGUCAGGAUGAAGCUCAGUAUUCAAUGUCCAGUGUCACAUUUCAACCUUUGGAUCUGGAGCUCCCCAUAACUUCCAAACCCACUACAAAGGUUAAAAAUUCUCCACCUAUGAAGAAGACUAGAACUCCUCCUCCAAAGCCCCCUCAAGUGACACUUCCACGUCCGGUCCAGGUUCAGGAUCAGCAUCCAAAUCUGACCGAAGACACAAUUCAACCUGUGGAUCUCCAACUUAGCAUAGCUGUACAGCCUAUUACUGAAGAUGAGCUUUCUCCAACCAUGCAAGAGAACCCAGUUCAGCCUACUGAGCCCCCUAUGGAGGUGGUACCUCAAUCACCAGUUCCAACACCAGGUCAGGAUGAAGUUCAGUAUCCAACAUCACCCAGCCCCUCAUUUGAAACUUUAGGCCUGGAUCUCACCAUAACUCCAGAACCCACUACAGGGGCUGACCUCAGUAGCCCACUGAACCCUACAGCUCCUCUAAAGCAUCCUGACCAGAUGCAGGCUCACCAUCCAAAUCUGACCCAAGUCUCAGUUCGACCUUUUGAAGUAGAACUUACCUCAACUCCAGAACCCACUACAGAGGCUGAACAUUUUACCAAUGUGAAGACGACAACAGCUCUUCCUCCAAAGCACCCUGGGGGGACACUUCCACAUCCAGUCCAGGAUCAGGCUCAGCGUCCACACCUGAAUGAAUUCACAGUUCGGCCUUCCAAUCUGGGAAUUACCUUAACUUCAGAGUCCAGUUUGCAGGGUGAAUCUUCUCAAACCACGCAGGACACCCUAACUGAGACUCCAGAGCCACCUAAGGAGUUUAUACCUCAAGCUCCAGUGUAUUAUGCAAUGACAGUUCCAAUGUCAGGUCAGGAUCAAACCCCGCAUUCAGUGUCUCUUACAGAACUAGAUCUUAGCGUGACUCCAAUACCUACUGCAGGGGCUGGAUAUUCUCCAGACCUGAAGAUGACAGAGUCUCCUCCAAAGGAGGUGACACUUCCACAUCUAGACCAGGUUCAGAUUCAGCAUCCAAAUCUGACCCAAGUCACAAUUCUACAUUUUGAUCUAGAACUUACCUCAACUGCAGAACCCACUACAAAGGCUAAACAUUCUAAGACAACAGCUCCUCCUCCGAAGGUUGAGGUGACGCUUCCACAAGUCACACUUCAGACUUUAAAGCAGGAGCUUACCAAAUCUUCACACCCUACUACAGAGGCUAAACGUUUGUCUGUGCAGGAAACCUCAACUACAGAGACUACAAUUCAAACUCCAACAUCAGGUCAAGAUCAAACUCAGCAUCCAACGUUGCCAGUUACAGAGGCAAAUAACACUCCAACUCCUCCACAGCACACUGAAGUGACACCUCCACAUUCAGAACAGCUUCAGUCUGGUCUGAAACGCACCACUAUUCCACAUCCUGUAAAUCCCACCACAGAAAAUGCUCUAACUCUGCAAACGGAACCGAAUGCCACCCCGUACACCAACAUAUGUGAGCUCUGUACCUGUCGAGAUGAAUCACUGUUGUGUGUUGGUCUCAGCCCAACGCAGAAGCUCCGCCAAGUGCCUGUGCCGAAGCCCAACACCUACAAGAAGGUUCUCACCACCCUAAAUUUCCAUGGAAACGCUAUUGAUUACAUUGAUAAAAAUACAUGGAAAGCAUAUCGUUGGACUGAGAAACUAAUUCUCAGUGAAAAUCGCCUGACUGAACUACGUAAGGAUUCAUUUGAAGGCCUGCUGUCCCUCGAGUAUUUAGAUUUAUCCUGUAAUAAAAUACAGUAUAUUGAAAGAGGGACAUUUGAAUCACUACCUUUUUUGAAGUUUGUAAAUCUUGGUUGCAAUUUCAUCACAGAGUUGAACUUUGGAACAUUUCAGGCAUGGCAUGGAAUGCAGUUUUUACAGCAAGUAAUUCUCAGUCGUAAUCCUCUGACAACUGUCGAAGAUUCCCAUCUUUUUAAAUUGCCAGCAUUAAAGUACCUGGACCUGGGAAAAACACAAGUGCGACUUGGGACACUUGAGAACAUCCUCCUGAUGACUCUUAACUUGGAAAAACUGAUCUUACCUAGCCAUAUGGCCUGCUGCCUCUGCCAAUAUAAAAGUAACAUUGAAGUUGUCUGCAAGACAGUCAAGCUGCAUUGUGACAAUGAAUGUCUGCCAAACACCACACAGUGUCGUGAUUGAAGAAGCAUCUAUAGAGAACACAGAAGGAAAAUUCAUGAAGGUGUUACAGACCCGGAAGAAGAGCACAAACACUGAGUUGACUAUUGAACCAGAAAGGG